AUGCCCUCAAAGGCUGCAUCAUCCUCAUCAAGCGAUCGGCGCAAAUCUGAGCGCGUUCAUACUUCGAUAUCGGCCACGGCUGAAGACGUGUACCAUGUCGAGGCCAUCAUUUGCCGCUCACUGCAUCCCGCCAAAACUGCCACGGGAAUAGAAGAAUACUUCUACCUUGUGCGUUGGGAGGGUUACGACCCUUCCUUCGACACCUGGGAGCCGCGGUCCAACCUUGUGAACUCAUCGCAGGCCAUAAAAGAGUAUGAGGUUAAAGAAACGCCGUUCACCGUGCUCGACGUGCGCGCCAACAACGAGUACCUCGUGAGAUUUGGCAUGGCAACGAGGUACAUUGCCCCGUCACCCUACUAUCCCAAAGUGUGGAUGACGGUCGAGCAGAUGAGGGAGUACUGCAAUCCCCGACUGGUUAACUUGGCCAUCAAGCACCUCCAUCGCGCAUUGGAGGAUAAGGUCAAACCAAAACCCAAACAGCCCAACUCGUCGAAGAAGAAGGCACCCAAGAAGAGUUCCGGGCAGCGCAGUUCUGACGGAUCCGGCCGAGCAGAGAUAGUAAUCCUUGCGGCGAAGCGGAAGAGCACGGGGAAACGUAAAGGAUACAAUUACCGAGUGCAGUGGCGAGAAAGGGGCCGCAAGAUGGAGGACUGGUUCACUCGAAACAACGUUGUUGCCUGGUUCGGGGACGCUGGAUUGCGUGCACUCGCAGAGUUCAACAGCGAGGAAAGCGCGUCUGAACCAGUGACUUCGAGCAACCCAGAGAGUGACUACGACCUUGAGCGGCAUCGCAACAUACAGGAGAACCAGCUCCUGAUGCAGCAGCUGGGCUUAUAGCGCAUGUCGCCGCACGCCAUCCGUGCAUCCGCCUCGCCGCGCGCCGCAUCGCCACCAUGUCACCCACGCGAUUGCGGAAAUUCGCAAGGAAGGGUAAAGGGCCAUAGUAGGGCUUCUGGUCAGGGUGAUAGAGUGGGCAAUGGGUCGCAUGGGCCGGUUGUAGAAUGGAGAGUGCCACAGAGAUAACGCCGGACGGAGGUAGAUUGCGCCGCUGCAACUUUUUCGAG